CAUGCAGAUGCAUCAGUCCGUACUUGUCUUUAUAAAAUAAUCAAAGACGGAAAUGAUCUGUUAGAGUGUGGCGGUGAACAUCACACCGAAAUUGAUGUUAUUGUAAAAGCAUGUUCUUACAUUGUUGAUGGACUACGAAAUGGAAAUGGAAUACAUUGUAAAUGGGGCGAAUCAUUUUGUCCUCUGAGCAAAUCCACAAGUCAUGAGAAAGGACGCAAGUGCGAUGUCCGAUUCUUAAGUCAUUCAGGAAUAGAUCUUGGUGAAUGGGAGUUUGCUGCCGAAGCAACUCCAAAUAAAGCAGUUGGAGAUCGUUGUCGCUCAGCUAGAAUCAAUCAAUCAAUAUUGAACGGCCUGUUAAGCAGAAAAUUGGCUGAUAAACAAGCGGAUAUGAUCAAGGUUCCAUUUAUACAAGUUGCUGGCGUUUUCGGACAGCUGCUGGUAGAAGACAUGGUAAAUGGCUUUUACGUUGUUUUUCCCGGUUCAACAUUCAUGUUACCAACAAAAUUGGCUCACUUGGGAAAAUUAAAAUCAACAUUAAAAAUUUUUAACCAUGUAAUGGAAACAUAUGAAAAAAUCAAUAAAAUGUUUGAUGAACUGGACCAUGGGCGUAACUUACUCGAGGAUAUCUUCAAAAUUGAUGACGAAAAAUCCGUACAGUGCAAAUCAACAUUUAUUCACGAACCAUGGUGGACACCAAAAAGUAAAUCUCAAAAAUUUCAAGUAUUGACUGCGAUUGAAGAAAUAGAAAGUAAAAUAGGACAUUAA